AUGUCGUUGAUCGACGACGGCAGGAACAGCAGCAACACCACGACAAUCAAACCCUCCGAUCCAUUCGCCCUACCACCGCCGGACGUCUUACGCGACCUCGCGCGCAAGCAAGAUGAACGGGCAAAAGCUAUUCGAGAACGACGACGGCAUGAGGUAGGAGGUGUGCAUGGCAAGGUUGAUGAGGAGACGCAGGCGGCGCAGAUUAUUCAGAGGAAUUAUCGGGGUCAUCGGGAUCGAAGAGCACUGAAGGGAUGCGGAUUGGAUCCUUCAACGAGAUGGUUAGAGAUCGUGAAAGAGAGUAAGGCAUUUGCCAGUGAUGAGCAGGGUUGA